AUGUCCGCCAAGAACGUACAAGGCAAUGGCAGAAAGCGGGCCUCGCCUGCGGUAAACCUCAUCGCUGGUGGUGGUGCCGGUAUGAUGGAGGCUCUCGUCUGCCACCCGCUCGGUCCGCAUGCAGCUCUCCCGGAGAGCGACAGCCCCGGAGCUAAGCCUCGUGGCUUCGUUACCACCGGUGCCGAUAUCGUGCGCAAGGAGACCGCAAUGGGUCUGUACAAGGGUCUGGGUGCUGUGCUGGGAGGUAUCAUCCCCAAGAUGGCCAUCCGAUUCACCUCAUACGAGUCGUACAAGGGCAUGUUGGCCGAUGAGAAUGGCAAUGUCACCAGCAAGGCCACUUUCCUUGCUGGUCUCGGUGCCGGUGUGACCGAAGCCGUCGCUGUCGUCAACCCCAUGGAAGUCAUCAAGAUCCGUCUGCAAGCGCAACAUCACAGUUUGGCCGACCCGCUCGACGCCCCCAAGUACCGCAGCGCCCCGCACGCCCUUUUCACCGUCGUCAAGGAGGAGGGUUUCAGCACACUGUACCGUGGUGUCUCUCUGACUGCGCUCCGACAAGGAACCAACCAAGCCGCCAACUUCACCGCAUACACCGAGCUCAAGGCCGCCCUGCAACGCAUGCAGCCUGAAUACAGCAACACCCAGCUACCCUCCUACCAGACCACUAUGAUCGGUCUGAUCUCCGGUGCCGUUGGCCCCUUCUCUAACGCCCCUAUCGAUACCAUCAAGACCCGUCUCCAAAAAACCCGCGCCGAGCCUGGCCAGUCGGCUGUCUCUCGCAUUAUGGUGAUUGCCAAGGAUAUGUUCAAGCAGGAAGGUACCCGUGCCUUCUACAAGGGUAUUACCCCUCGUGUGAUGCGUGUUGCUCCCGGUCAGGCCGUCACUUUCACUGUGUAUGAGUUCCUCAAGGGCAAGUUGGAGGCAUCCAACUGGGCGUUUGUGGGUGGAAAGUUUGACGAGUAA